AUGUCUCCAACAGGCAUCACCCUCGCAGCCGCGACUGCCUUUGCACUCUUCGCGGUUCGCGCCCAAGCCGCUGACAUCGUCUUUGGUUCAUCCGGCAACUGCAGCGAUGGCAUCGCUCUCUACGGCGCCUCCAAUCUCACAGCCGUUGAUUGCUUCGCUCUGCCCACCGACGACGAUGAAAAGGCAACCUCGGCGCUGAUCUCCAACAUCACUGCCGGACAACUCGUCCAGUUCUUCGCCGACGCCAACUGCAAGACCAUGACGGAGCAAUUCUCCGACGACGCUUGCUACACCAGCGUGUCUCCCAUCGGUUCGUUUCGGAUCUUACCUGAGGACGACCAGCCUAAGGAUCUCGUCGUUCUCCCCACCAGACUGUCGAACUACACGGAUCUUCAGGUGGCCCCCGACGCCGUCAUCUUAGCAAGUCACCUUCGCAGUGGACUCCACGCCGUCGCCAGCGCUGCUUCUGGAGCUCUCACCUUCGCCGUCAUCUUCACGGACUGCUACGAUGUGGCGAAUGGGGAAACUUCAGGAACCACAUACUUCGCCUGCAUCGGCGGGGUCCUCGCAAGUGCGUUAUCGUUUGCCGCCUCCAUUGAACACGCGUACCAUACCGUCACGAGCUAUAUCCAGUACAUAGGUGACACGGCCGAGAUUCUUCACGCCGCCAUCGGCAGUGCGAAGCGAUCCGUCGAUGGUAAAGACAUAUUUGUCCCUGUGGGGAAUGUCACGCGGCCUCUGUCGGGUGGCCGCACGAGUACCACAACGCUCUUCCAGUCUGAGAUGGGGGGUGUGACGUGGCACACGGCUAGUUUCGCAGACGAUCAGACUGGAGAAGUUUACCACCACUUGGUCCCCGCCAGCCAGUCGCCUCUCAAGAAAAGAGCCACUCCGGGCUACGACGUCGAGCAAUGGACCGACGGAGGCGUUUUGCUCACGCUGUGUCCCGUGAACACCGGGGCCCCGCUCUCUGGAAUAUCUUCCACUGCACAGGAUAACUACAGCAACUACUACAGCCAAAUCACCUGUGCCCUCAAAGGUAUCUCACGCGAGGCCACGAAAGUCAGCGUCGACAUCUUGAACACGGCUGGGACCGUCGUUGCGCAGGCGGGCAUUGUUCCUUAUGGAGCGUCGGGCGGUCCUACAAGUGCUGAGUCCGAUGGUCAAUGCCCGAAUUCGUCUAUUGCCCCAAACCCUGGUUGCUGGACUAAUUAA